AUGAAUGGAGAUAUAACAGCCAAUUAUAUUUUUAAUCUAAAUUUUACCUUUUUAAAACUUUUAAUUAAGAAAAAGGAGGAGAUUGAAUACCUUAAAGCGAAAUAAUAGAAGGCAUUCAAUAUCAGUGCUAUUUUUAGAAUAAAUAAGCUUAAAUCCGUCAAAAUAGUCAAUAUUUUUUGGAUCUUGCUUCAUUAUUUUAAAAAGUAAUCAGAAAUAUAAUAAUAAUUUUAAAAUUCUUAGAUUUAUAUUUUUACAUGCAAUAAUGCUUUUUAAUUAUUGCCUUAUUAUGUUAUGAUACUUAAAUGUACUAUAAGAUUUUAGUUAUUGUAUCCAUUGCUCCCAAGUGAUUAAUGCAUAUUUUUGUAGCUAAGUUAUAAAUCAUAUUCUAAUUCUUAUAAUUCUAUUUAGCUAUUUUAAUCAUUUUCUUAAGUAGAAUAUCAAUUUAAAAUAAUUCAAUAUAUUUUUGAGAAAUAUUAAAAUUUAAUAACUUAAAUAACUCCAUUCAAAUUAAUUUUUGAAGGUUUGACUAAAGUUGAUUUGAGAUUAUAUAAAUAGUAAUUACAAUAUGUUUAAAUUAUGAAAAAAAUAGUAGUUUUAUAAAGUAUUAAAAACCACCUUUUAAUUUUUAUCAAUCAUACUUUUUAAUUUAUAUAAAAAUAUAUCAAGAUACAAAUAGGGUAUGUAUUGAAGAAUAAAAAUAAGUACUGUAAAAUGUUUAUAACUCGUUAUAUUUAUACCCAUUUUUAAGAGAGUCUAAUUUAAAUGAUUCGUUUAUUUUUUGAUUCUUAUAAGGCUGGGUAGGCAAAAAAGUAGAGGGAAAUAAGUAUAUUUUUUGUUUGA